CCCCCCCCCACCUUCCCAAUCCAACUCUCCCUUCUCCCAUUGUUUGCUUGGCCUGCUUGCUUGCAAAGGAGAAACCGGCACUUAAUAGCAGGCAGCACACCAUGUUUCGUCGAAUAAUAAUAGUCCGCACCUUCUUUUUCUUCUCUUCUUCUUCCUUCAAAGUAACUGAGCACGCAUGGGUCGGCCUCUGUUUGAAGCACACGGCAUAUCGAUGCGCCUCGAAGACGGCGGUCGAUGGCUGUUUAAGGAUAUCGACUUUGAACUAAACCAGCGCGAGAUAUUGGCCUUGCAAGGUCCCAGCGGCACUGGCAAGACAACCUUGUUAAAAUGCUUGGCCGAGCUAGUCCCCUAUACGGGCGGCUACAGCAAGCUGCGAGGCAAAAAACCGUCCGAGUAUGGGAUCCCAGUGUGGCGCUCACGUGUCAUGUACAUUCCUCAACGGCCUACCGCCCAUCCGGGCUGUCCUUUGGACUUGUUCAAGAUUGUCAAGAAAUACUCGAGCCAAACGGCCAAGCAGCACAUCGGCGACCCUGUCCAGAUCGGCAUGAGCUGGAACCUGUCCGAGUCGCACUUUACCGAAAAGUGGAGUAACUUGUCUGGUGGCGAGAUGCAGCGCUGUGCACUGGCCAUCGCCUUGGCCUUUAAGCCGGAUGUUCUCUUAUUGGAUGAACCCACAUCGGCAUUGGAUCCGGACUCGGCAGGGAAAGUCGAAGAAACGUUGAAGAAGUUUGCUUGCAUUUGGAUCACUCAUGAUGCUCGACAGGCAGAUCGUGUUGCCACGCGACAUAUUAAGCUUACCCGUUCCCAGCCACCCUCACCGGGUGACUCUGAGAACGAACAUGACAACGACGACCAGCACCAAGUCCAAGUCCUCACUGUCCCACAAGAUCAAGACCAGGACCAGCAAAAGAAGAAAUCACGACGCUUGUCGCCAAGCGCUUUCCGAGGAGGCUUGCCCGUAGACGUCACAUAGAUGG